UAAAAGAAAAAGACGCAUAUGUUUAUAUUUAUUGGUUACAUCACCGUAGUAUGGCGGCUCCUCGAUCCUCGAGGAAAACCAAAGGCAGAUCACCUGACACGCCCUUUUUCACAAGAAAAAAUGCUAACUCGAGGAGUGUGACAUAUGCCUAUGCUACCAAAACCCUCUCUACAAUUCCCUUUCAAGUUAAAAGUAAAGAAACUUUCUGUAUCAGAUAUGGCGAUAUGAUAGAAGAAAACCUGAUGCUGGACAAUGAUACCAACAAGAAUACUUUUCAUAAAUUGGACAAGAGUUUACUAAAACAUAGUUUUCCCAAAAUAUUGUUUCUAAAGAAGAAUUCAGACGACGUAACGGAUACAAUGCAAACGUUAGAUCCUUUAGAAGAUUUAGAUUAUAAUACGAAUAAUGGAAACAAGAGUGAUAUAAGUGCCUCAGACAAUUUAUCUUUAGAUAACAAAAACGAACCAUCUACUGCCACCCAUAGCUUACACCAAGAACUACACGACGAUUAUUCGAAAGAAAAACAGAAGAACCGCAACAGCUUUCACCAAAAUGUGGAGGAAGCUUUAAGCUCGUUAUUGUGGCAACCUUACGAGUACCAAACCCAUAAUAGUAACGACGCGUAUAAUGGAAAUUACGAAAGUUAUGAUUACGAAUCUUUUUCAACAUGUUCCUACACGCCUUCCUCUUCGCCGAUCAGCCUCGACCUUGACGAUACAUCUGACAACACCGCUCCGAGCCCGUCCAACACAAAGAAGAACGUACCAUCUUCCACUUUUCUUCAAUGCACCGCCGCGGUACCACCACCAUACCGAAGAGACCUACAUUCUGAUGUUAUUAACCUAAACCGACAAGAGACCACCAACCAAUCCGAACAGGUCUUCGCGCCACGUGACCGUCUUUUACAACGUUCGGGCAAUGGUGCAUUCGUCAGUUUGGCGUCUCUCGCCAGUUCACUUUUAGACGCGGAGUACGGGAUAGUGCCGCACGUUGAUUCCGUGACGUCAUGCUUUGGGGAGUUUUCGGGUAAUACGAGCAUGUACGGUGGUGGUUCCGGUGGUGCGGGCGCCCAGCAAAAUAACGGAAGCACGAGCGGUGGUACGGCGGAUAAUGCUUUCAACUCGGUGGAUUUAUCGUUAAAUGCGGCGAAUAUUGUUGGAUUACCGUCGAGCCAUGCACGGUACGCCUCGGUACCUUGCGGUGGCACCAGCACGAACUUUCAGAAUGCCCAUGCGGUAACUAGGUCGCAGAAUGUCGUCGGGUAUCCACAACAUUAUAGACAUAUCUCGGAACCAUCUCAACAGUUUUUUAAGUAUUCAGGUAGUAGUCAGCAGGUGCCUUCGUUGAGUCAAAAAUCGAACCAAUCUGGGAGUACUCAGCUAGAGCAGCACAACUUGCAAUUGAUCAAUCACUUUAGGAGCAGCAGUGUUCCAAAAUCUAUGACUUUGGUCUCAAAAUAUGACGUCACAGCGAAUAGCAUACCUCCCUCUGGUAGCUUAAGGGUUAAGGGACCGCAAGUUAUCUCACAAAACUCCCUUAGUUCAAAUGGAGAAUCGAAUAGUAAUAAAAUUAAAGUUGCUACUAAUGUGAAAGCUUCAAACAUUUCAGUACCUUCUCCGUUAAAAUUACAACCGGCUUCAUCAAUAUCCUCAGUUUUCCCCUCUAAUCCUUCCGGUAAUGUCAGUAACGUUAACGUAAAUUUUUACAGGGCAGUACCCGUAAACGUCGUAAGUUCAGUGCCAACAAUUCAUUGUUUAAACACUUUGGGCAAUAACCAAGGCAACAGUGUCUCGAACGUGCAAGUGCUCCCUCUGGGAAAUGGAAAUUUCCCACACAACACCUCCGUAAAUCAAAAUUCCCAGCUUCCAGUAAGAGGGUCAGCCCCAGAAGGGCUCCAAAAUAACAGUGGCCAAGUUAUAGUGCAUAACGUAAACCCAGUUUACACAAGUAAUAAUUAUCCACAUAGAAUAAUAACAAGCAAUAUUGGUUAUCCAGAUACGACACAGGGAAGUAUUAUAAGCCAAAAUAUUGCUGGACCUUCUACAGACAAUAAUAACUCAACAUCAACAGCUUUGGGUGACUCUAUUGAAGUUUCUUAUCAACCAGCAGGGCGCGUUAUAACUACAACAGCCCAAAUAAAUAGUGGCCCCUCGAGCUCCACAAACUUGAGUGGCACCCCUUUAGUCAUACAGAAACCGCCGGCAACAUCCAAUCCACCCACUGUGGUACGUACGAGAACCUUCACAAGUACCGAAGCCCAAACCGACGAUAUAUCGCCUAUACCCGAUAAUACUCAAAACCAAAACGCCGCCCUAAAGGAGCAAAGAAGACGCGAGAGACGAGAACGUAGACACCAUCGAAGAAAUCAACAAAACGCCCCAAGAAAUGCCACAAGUAGCGCGACUCAAACUCAACCGCCUCAAAAUAAUUUGCAAGAAAACCGUUUGCCGGACAUAUUAAAUAGUCAUCUACCUCCUCCGUAUACGACUAUGCCGAAUAAUCAAACGGCAUCAAUGUUGCCGCCCCAAAUUAUCCCUCCACCGCCCCCGUUGCUACCCGGUGCGCUAUUGCCGAAUCCCCCCGGGCCGGUGUUACAAACUGUGGUGCCGAACGGUGUGCCCGCGAGUGCCUUUGUGUUUCCGGCACCUCAGCAAAUUGCGCCGCUCAUGCAAGGAGGUGCUCCCGUGCCGGUUUCUGUGCCAGCCACGGCUGCUAGUGGAUUUAGGUUUGGAUUUCCUGCCAAUGGGUUUAGAAGAUCCAGAUAUUCAGAAGACUCCCCGAAAGGAUGUUGUGGCUUCCUGACGUGGAAACCUGGAUCGCUACGAUGGUUUAUAGCUUUAAUCGCUUUGGUGGCCGUUUGCUGCGUUUUAGUAGGAACAGCCCUGGGUGCAAUGAGACCAGCCGGAAGGGAUCACCUUACAGUAUCUCUACUUAUGAUAGGAGUUGGAAUAGUUCUAAUCACAGUCAGUGGUGUCGCGUGGAGGCUAACAUCUCACGAUUCAUCCACCUGUAGAUCAAUGUUAGGUUUGGGGUCUACAGAAUCCGUAGAUGUCUGCACGCGACGUUUUGUUCCUCGGCUACCACCAUCAUACGGACGACCGCAUCAUCCGUAUGCCGCCAUGAUGUAUCCAGAGUUCCAAUACAGGCCUCCUCCUCCGAGUUAUCAAGCGUCGAUGCAAGAGUAUAGGUUAAGGUUACUUCUGCUAGAUCGUGGAAAUACUCCGCAAAUACAGACCGGAGUGCAAAACACUAUUUCUCCGCCUCCAACUUAUAGGAGUCAUGCAGGCAGCUUACUUAGGGCUCCCCUUUCUAGUAGAAGAGAAGCCAACCAAUCAGAAUACAGCUGCCCACCAUCAUACAGAUCUCAGAACAGUUCCAAUAACAGGCAAGGAACUUUAUCAAAUGCCUCAAUACUGCAUUCCCGGGAUCCAUCAUUGACUAUGUCAGAUUCAAAUCAUGAAUCGGUGGUGAACGUAGUGAACAUCCUCAAUAGUGCGGAAGAGGACAUCGCUCUAGACAACAUAACCUUGGAUUCAUUAAAAAUGGAACCAGAACCACCGGAAAUCAACCCGCUAAAAAUGCUCCUUAAAGGUAGCCAAAGCGACCUGGAGGGUUCCAAGGAUGGAAAUCUCGUGACCAUCGUGCAAACCAGUGAUCAAAACCCUGUGAUCGUGACUGUCAGCGGCUGUAGUGCGCAAGACCAUAAUUCGACCGUUCAAAUAACGGAAAUCCCUUCGGAAAUGGAGAUUUUGGCGCACUUAUAGUCGAAAGACGGUAUAGAUGUUUUUUUCUUAAUUGUAGCGAUGCCAGUGAUAAAAACAAAUUAUUAAAAUAGUAUUAGACACGUUUAAAUAAAUAAAAGAAUACUCAAGGGUUUAGUUUACUGGCAAGUACUCAUGUUACAGUAAAAAGUUAAAUAGUUUCAUAUGAAAAUUGUCAAUAAUUAAUACAGUAGAAAAUUAAUUUUUUGAGUCAAAUACUACAUUGAAGAAGAUCACUAUUGUAUCAUCACUGAAACUAAUCAGUUUUUUUUUCAAAGAUUACUCUGUGAAAGUUUCUAUGUGUUGAAAAUUGUACUUAAAAUUUGACAUUUUUUCCCUAAAUUUAAUCAUUUUCCUAAAAUAACUCUUAUAUUUAUGUAAGCAUCACCUAAUUAAGUAUUUAUUAAUGCUUGUGAAAAUUAUAAGUUACAGAAACGACCCUAUACAUAUUCAUGUUUAUUAGUGGGGACUAUGUUAGUCACCUGCUUUUUUGCGAAAAAAAGCAAAUAAUAUAGUCUUCUAUACAUAAUAGCUUUAUAAAUUGAACAUUUGUUUCUAUACAUAUAAACUGUAGCCAUAAAUAUGUACAUUUUUAAUGUUAUGUUCUGUAAUAUGU